UACCAAUGUAUGUCAGUCUGCCGCACUAAGGCAAAUCAAAGUGUUUCAAAUGGCGGACAAGAAUGGCAGAAAAGUGGUCUUAGCGACUAACAUAGCGGAAACUAGCGUCACUAUACCCGGGAUUGUUUAUGUGAUCGACUGCGGUUUCCACAAGCUGCCCUACUUCGACCCGUCGGUCGGCGUCGAGAGUCUGUGCGUCUGUCCGUUGUCGCGCGACAAUGCGCGACAACGCGCCGGCCGCGCGGGACGCACGCAGAGGGGCAAGUGUUAUAGAUUAUACACAGAGGCGGAAUUUGACAAGCUGCCUGCCAGCGUUCCACCGGAGAUAUCGAGAAGUGAUCUGUCAUCCGUACUGCUGCAGCUUAAAGCUCUCGGCAUACAUAAUUUACUCAGGUUCACAUUCCCAACGCCGCCGCCAGCUAAAAGUCUACUCUCCGGUCUAGAAACACUCUACGCUUUAAAAGCAAUAGACAAAGAUGGGAACCUGACACCUUCGCUAGGAGAGAAUAUGGCGGAGUUACCGCUGAGACCCAUGUGCGCUAAAAUGCUGUGUAAUAGCGGCGAAUACGGUUGCGUUGAGGAGGCACUGUCGAUCGCUUGCAUGCUUCAAGUAGAGGGCGUGUUCACGAAGAGUGCGACGGGGAAGGACAACAUUGCAGCUAGGAUGUCUAGAAGAAAUAACUUUGAGGUAGCCGAGGGCGAUAUAAUAAUGUACCUAAACGUAUUCGAUUCUUACAUGAAAGUGAAGAACUCGAUACAAGAUGAGAAACGGUCGAAGAAGGCGUGCAGGGAAUGGUGUCAAAAGAUGUAUGUCAACCAUCGCGUUAUGGAGAAGGCCUGCGACAUUAGAGACAGCUUGGAAAAAUUAAUAAAGAGAAAGUUCGGGAUUGAAAAUAAAACGUUCGAAGGACCAGACUUAGGAACAGCGAAAUGUCAAAGGAUAAUGAAAUGCGUGCUAUCGGGAUUCUUCCCCCAAGCGGCGCACCUAAGCACAGACUCCACAUACAGAGGCGUCAGAGGCGCUAUAUUACACAUCAGCCCGGACAGCUGUCUGUUCAGAGUGCAGCAGCCGUCGUGGGUGGUGUUUGCCAGCGUCCAGAGCUCUGGUGACAAGACAUACAUGCGCGAUAUGAUGAUGAUAAACAAGGACUGGCUCAUAGAAACAGCCCCGCAUUAUUAUAAACAAACGUAAUAUUAAUAUACUACGAGAUAUUAAU